GUGGCUGUCAAGUCCGUUCUGCGCAUGUUCGCACAUUCCUUUCUGUGGGCCCACAGAAAGGAAUUUUAAUCGAAUUAUAUCCCUAUACGCAUGCGCAUUUAGUCAGGAGCAAGCUGACACAAAACACAUGCGUUCAACAUGGAGGACUCCGAAAGUUCUUCACGCGUUAGUGCCGAAAGCUCUGCGAAUUUUAGCCUCCCAAGCAGCGAAGAUGCAAAGACUAAACGCAAGGAUUACAUCGCUAAACGAGAUUCGACGAAAGUAGCUCUUUACGAGCAAUUUCAGCGUUGGCGAUCUCUAAAAGAAGAGCUGGACUUGAAGACAGACAAACAACUGGCUGAAAUGCUUUUAGAUAAUUACGAAAAAGGUGCCCGUAUUUCGAGUGACGCGGAGACACAGACAAACAUUGAAAGCAGAGCUGCGGAUUUGUCAGCAAUGCCUAUGGCCAUUAGCCCAAUUUCAUCAUCGACCCCGCUUAUUCAUACAAGGAGGCAUUCAUCUUUACCUCCCGUCGCUACUAAACGGAGACGUCUGUUACUCGGGUCUACAGACGCACUAAGGACACAAACUGUAGAUGAAGAAGAAACACUGUCAGCUAUUGAUUCUGAUGAUAGUGAAUUGGAGGACAAUAGUCAAAUAUCAUUGGAACAUCCAAUGGUUGGAAUUGAUGACAUUGAUAAGGUUUCCUUGGAAGAAGAGGUAUUAGAUACCACAAUCAAUGGUCACAGUGAUGAUGAUGCUGAUGAUGAUGAUGAUUGUGAUGAUGGUGAUGAUGAUGAUGAUGGCACUGAAAAAGCCCCAAAAAAUAGCAAACAAAGUUUUGUUCGUCAUAUACCAUCCACUGAUGUUCCAAAACUAGAGUUAUGCUUGGCAUCAACCACAAUAAUUUUGGAACUACUGAAGACACUGCAUGGUCCUGUUUGUACAAGAGUUGGAUGUAGUCGUCCAUUGAAUUUCAGGAAUUCAUUUGUUGGAACAUGCCUAGUUGUUAAUUGGGGUUGUUCUGCUGGCCACUUUGGUGGGAGAUGGGCUGCCCAACCAACUUGUGAAGGUGUUCGUGCUGGAAAUUUGCUUUUGGCAUCUGCAAUACCUCUUUCUGGCAAUUCAUAUACCAAGAUCGGAUUUCUUUUCCAAGUCAUGAAUGUACAGUUUAUAUCCAAAAACUUGUACAACCAAUACCAGAAUUUAUAUAUAGCUCCAGCAGUUAACAGCUAUUGGGAGGAAUUAAAGAAUUCGUGUUGGGCAGAGCGUGAAAAUAAGGAUAUUGUUCUCAGUUCAGAUGGGCGUAAUGAUUCACCUGGACAUUGUGCACAGUAUUGCACUUACACCUUUGCAGAAAUGGAUUCCAAGUGCAUUUUAGAUAUCAACUUUGUUGAGGUGAGAGAAGUGGAGGGUAGGAAAAGUCCAAACAUGGAAAGAAUUGGAUUUGAAAGAGGGCUUGACAAUCUAUUAAAAUCAACAAUGAUUAUUAAAGAGGUUGUUACUGAUGGCCAUUUGGAAAUUGGUGCAUUAAUGAAAAAUGCUGCAAAGUAUAAAGACAUUGUGCAUCAAAGAGAUGUUUGGCAUGGUGCUAAAAUAAUUGGGAAAAAAGUUAUUUCUGCUGCCAAUGAAAAAGGAAAUGAAGAUCUUUCUUUGUGGAUUGCGUCUGUGAGAAACCACUUUUGGUAUUCCAGUCGCAAUUGUGGUAGCAAUGUUGAUAAUUUGAAAGAUAUAUGGAUAGGCAUUCUCCAUAAUUAUUACUAUCAUGAUUCAUUUCUUUAG